AUGUCGCAAAAACGAUUAAUCAAAAAGAUCGUCAUCACGCCCGUGGCAUUCCAUGACAUGCCCUUGUUGAAUAGCGUCGGCGUCCAUGAACCAUUUGCCUUGCGCAGCAUAAUAGAAGUGGUUACAGAGGACACAUACGGGCUCGGCGAAUCCUAUGGAGAUUCAGCCCACCUAGCUCGACUGCAGAGUGCCGCUGAGCGGAUAAGCGGGCUUUCUGUAUACGACACCAAUGCCCUUUACAGGAUCUGCGCCGACUCGCUGGUGGGCGACACCACCACCGGCGGAGAUGGCAUGGCCGGGAUGGUCACCACGGCGUCCGUGGUGGACAAGGUUUUCUCACCCUUCGAGGUUGCCUGCCUCGAUAUCCAAGGCAAAUUGGCUGGCCUGCCCGUGAGCGAGUUGCUUGGUGGCCGCAUGCGAGAUACCGUGCAGUACUCCGCCUAUCUCUUCUAUAAAUGGGCCGGUCAUCCCGGUAACCCUGAUGACGAGUACGGCGAGGCCCUGACACCUGCGGGGAUUGUCCAGCAAGCCCGGAAGAUCAUCGACGAGUAUGGGUUCAAGGCCAUCAAGCUGAAAGGCGGCGUCUUCCCGCCCGCCCAGGAAGUCGAGGCUAUCAAGGCGCUGCAUGCUGCAUUCCCGGGUGUGCCCCUCAGGCUCGACCCCAAUGCCGCAUGGUCUGUCGAGACUUCCAAAUGGGUAGCAAAGGAAUUGGAGAAUAUCGUCGAAUAUCUGGAGGAUCCAGCCCCAGAGAUCGAAGGCAUGGCGGCCGUCGCGCGAGAGGCAUCGAUGCCAUUGGCCACCAAUAUGGCCGUCGUGGCCUUCUCGCAUCUCCCACCCUCAGUCGCGCAGAACGCCGUCCAAGUGAUACUGUCUGACCAUCACUUCUGGGGCGGCCUGCGCAAGUCGCAGACUCUCGCCGCGAUCUGCGCGACCUGGGGAAUGCGGCUCUCGAUGCAUUCGAACAGCCACCUAGGCAUCUCUCUGGCCGCCAUGACGCACCUGGCAGCUGCGACGCCUAACCUUGACUAUGCCUGCGACACUCAUUGGCCAUGGAAACGUCGCAACGAGGAUAUCAUUGUCGACGGCAACUUGCAGUGGCAAGAUGGCGGGGUGGUGGUCCCUCGCGCGCCGGGUUUAGGGGUCGAACUAGAUCGGGAGAAACUCGCACGGCUCUAUCAACAGUAUCUAGACUGUGGCAUGACGAAGCGAGACGAUACGACGUACAUGCAAAAAUUCCAUCCAGAGUUCUCGCCCCAUAUUCCCCGGUGGUGA